GCUGCUUCUCUAUAAAAGGGGGAGAAAGCGGCUCCAGAGCCAUCACAGACCCGGAGGGGACGGUCUGUGACCACGACCACCGCAGCCCCUCCUUGGCACCCGACUUCCUGCUCCAGCAUGAAACUUGUGCUCUCCGCUGUGCUGUCCCUAGGGAUAGCUGCUCUGUGUUUUGCUGCUCCUCCCAAGACAACCGUCAGAUGGUGCACAAUAUCCUCAGCAGAAGAGAAGAAAUGCAACAGCCUAAAGGACCACACGCAACAGGAGAGAGUUACACUGAGCUGCGUGCAGAAAGCAACAUACCUGGACUGCAUCAAAGCCAUCUCGAAUAACGAAGCAGAUGCCAUUAGCUUGGACGGUGGUCAAGUUUUCGAGGCAGGCCUUGCCCCCUAUAAGCUGAAGCCCAUUGCUGCUGAGGUCUACGAGCGAAGUGGAGGCUCUACAACCAGCUACUAUGCUGUGGCUGUUGUUAAGAAAGGAACAGACUUCAUGAUAAAAGACCUGCGAGGCAAGACCUCCUGCCACACGGGCCUGGGCAGAUCCGCUGGCUGGAACAUCCCCAUCGGGACACUCAUCCACCGGGGAGACAUCGAGUGGGAAGGCAUCGACUCAGGCUCAGUCGAGCAAGCGGUGGCCAAGUUUUUCUCUGCCAGCUGUGUGCCUGGUGCCACCACUGAACAAAAGCUGUGCCGUCAGUGCAAGGGGGAUGCCAAAACCAAAUGCCUCCGCAAUGCGCCUUAUUCUGGAUAUUCUGGAGCUUUUCAGUGUCUGAAGGACGGAAAAGGAGAUGUGGCUUUUGUAAAACACACAACUGUUCAAGAAAAUGCCCCAGAGGAGAAGGACGAGUAUGAGCUGCUGUGUCUGGAUGGUACCCGUCAGCCUGUGGACAGCUACAAAACGUGUAACUGGGCCAGAGUGGCUGCUCACGCCGUUGUGGCUCGGGAUGAUAGCAAAAUUGAUGACAUCUGGAGUUUUCUCUCAAAAGCACAGAGCAACUUUGGCGUGGGCACAACCAGCGACUUCCACCUCUUUGGGCCACCUGGCAAGAAGGACCCAGUCCUCAAGGACUUGCUUUUCAAAGACUCUGCUAUAAUGCUGAAACGUGUCCCAGAACUGAUGGAUUCCCAGCUCUACCUGGGCUUUGAGUAUUACAGUGCCAUCCAGAGCCUCCGGAAAGAUCAGUUGACUGUCGGCCCUAGAGAAAACAAGAUUCAGUGGUGUGCAGUAGGCAAGGAUGAGAAGAGCAAGUGUGACCGCUGGAGUGUGGUGAGCAACGGCGAGGUGGAGUGCACCGUGGCAGACAACACGAAGGACUGCAUUGUUAAGAUCAUGAAAGGUGAAGCGGAUGCCAUCAGCCUAGAUGGAGGUUUUGUCUACACUGCUGGCGUGUGUGGGUUGGUGCCAGUGGUGGGAGAAAGCUACGAGGAGGACAGCCAGUGCAGCAAAGACGAAGGACAACCAGCAUCAUACUUUGCUGUGGCUGUUGUGAAGAAAUCUGAUAGUGCCAUCACAUGGAACAAUCUGCAAGGCAAGAAGUCGUGCCACACCGCUGUUGGGAGAACUGCUGGCUGGAACAUCCCCAUGGGCUUGAUUCACAACAAAACCGGGAGCUGCGAUUUUGAUGAUUACUUCAGUGAGGGCUGUGCUCCUGGUUCUCCUCCUAACUCCCGCCUCUGCAAGCUGUGCCAAGGUUCAGGGGAAAACCUGCUGGAGAAGUGUGUCGCCAGCAGCCACGAGAAAUACUAUGGAUAUACUGGAGCUUUACGGUGUCUGGUUGAGCAGGGUGAUGUGGCCUUUAUUAAGCAUUCAACUGUUGGCGAAAACGUUGAUGGCAGCAAUAAAGAUGACUGGGCCAAAGGUCUGACAAGGGAUGACUUCGAGUUGUUGUGCACUAAUGGGAAACGGGCAAACACCAUGGAUUACAAGACCUGCCACCUGGCCAAAGUUCCUACCCAUGCUGUGGUCGCACGCCCCGAGAAAGCAAACAAAAUCCGUGAGCUGCUGGAGGGACAAGAGAAACUGUUUGGAUUACAUGGAACCGAGAAAGAGAGAUUCAUGAUGUUUCAGUCUCAAACCAAGGAUCUUCUGUUUAAAGACUUGACCAAGUGCCUGGUUAAACUCCGCCAAGGAAUAACAUACAAGGAGUUCCUCGGAGAUGAAUACUAUGCUUCAGUUGCUAGCCUCAAUACCUGCAACCCAUCAGAUCUCCUCCAGGUGUGCACCUUCCUUGAGGACAAGUAACAGGAUGGGAAGGGCCCUCAUUGAAGGGGGAGGAAACCUAGUGCCGUGACUCCUUUCGUGCCCUCAGCUCCAACACUGACCCACAGAGGGCCCUCUGCCUUCACUGCUUCCUCUGCCCUUCUCCAUCACUCUGAAAGUGGCUAUUUGAAACUUCACGGUUUUCUGCUGCUGUCACAGCAAGGAAUAAAAUCUCGAAGUCUAAAGA